GCUCCGGGGACGAGAAAGAGGGGGGACCCGCGUUAGCCGCGCAGGCGCACGGCAGCCUCUGCCAUGGCGCUGCCGGGCUCCUUGAAUAGGUAUCUGCUGCUCAUGGCACAGGAGCAUCUGGAGUUCCGCCUGCCGGAAAUAAAGUCGUUACUCUCACUGUUUGGAGGCCAGUUCACUAACAGUCAGGAGACUUAUGGAAAGUCUCCUUUUUGGAUUCUUAGCAUUCCCUCUGAAGAUAUUGCAAGAAACUUAAUGAAACGGACAGUGUGUGCCAAGUCUAUAUUUGAACUAUGGGGUCAUGGAAAAUCUCCUGAGGAGCUGUAUACUUCUCUUAAAAAUUACCCUGUGGAGAAGAUGGUUCCAUUUCUACAUUCAGAGUCUACGUAUAAAAUAAAGAUCCACACGUUUAACAAAACAUUGACUCAAGAAGAAAAAGUCAAACGAAUAGAUGCCCUUGAAUUUCUGCCAUUUGAAGGAAAAGUGAACUUAAAGAAACCACAGCACGUAUUCUCUGUUUUGGAAGACUAUGGUUUGGACCCAAACUGCAUCCCUGAGAGACCACACAAUAUUUAUUUUGGUAGAUGGAUUGCAGAUGGACAGAGAGAGCUAAUUGAGUCCUAUAGUGUCAAAAAGAGACAUUUUAUUGGAAAUACAAGUAUGGAUGCUGGCUUAUCAUUCAUCAUGGCCAACCACGCAAAAGUGAAAGAAAACGAUGUUGUCUUUGAUCCAUUUGUUGGAACAGGUGGCCUCCUGAUAGCAUCUGCUCACUUUGGUGCAUAUGUGUGUGGGACAGACAUAGACUACAACACGGUUCACGGCUUGGGAAAGGCUAGUAGAAAAAACCAGAAAUGGCGAGGACCAGAUGAAAACAUCAGGGCAAAUCUUCGUCAGUAUGGCUUAGAGAAGUUUUACCUUGAUGUCUUGGUUUCAGAUGCCUCUAAGCCUUCCUGGAGGAAGGGAACAUAUUUUGAUGCAAUCAUCACAGAUCCUCCAUAUGGCAUCAGAGAAUCUACAAGAAGGUCAGGUUCACAGAAGCAAAUACCAAAGGGAAUAGAAAAAUGUCCAGAAAGCCACGUUCCUGUCUCCUUGAGUUAUCACCUGAGUGACAUGUUUUUUGACCUAUUAAACUUUGCAGCUGAGACCCUCGAACUAGGUGGAAGACUAGUCUAUUGGUUACCAGUGUACACUCCAGAGUACACUGAAGAGAUGGUGCCCUGGCACCCGUGCCUGAAGCUCAUUAGCAACUGUGAGCAGAAGCUUUCCAGUCACACGGCAAGGCGCUUGAUCACAAUGGAAAAGGUGAAAGACUUUGAGAACCGGGACCAGUAUUCACACCUGCUGAGUGACCAUUUUCUGCCAUACCAAGGUCAUAAUUCCUUUCGUGAGAAAUAUUUUAGUGGUGUAACAAAAAGAAUUGCCAAGGAAGAAAAAUCUAGCCAAGAUUGAAAAUAUGAUGACAAUCAAGAAAGAAUAAGCAUUUUAUAGAAAAACUUUUAGAAAUGAAUUUGUGUGUAUGAUCUAGAAAACCCUGUGCUGUUUUUAUAUGAAUAACUGCUAUGAAUCAAAACUGAAUAACUUCAGAAUGAUCUUGGUUUUAGAGACUAUUUUGAUGGGCCUUUUGGACCUUGUUAAGUUUCAGGGACUGAUACAUACAGAUGGACUCGGUGUUUAUAUUUUUUACAAAGAAAAUAUCGUUAACUUUUUAGCCAUAUCUGCCAGAUAUAUAGUAGGCAAUUAAUAGUGCUUUAGAAUAUUUUCAUUUUGUAAAUUUGCUUGGUUUGGUUUCUAGUUGUAACUGUUUUCCAUUGCUACCAAUAAACUUUACUGAGAAUUUCUAAAAA